AGGCAGCGCUCGCGCUCAGCGCGUUACAAAUGAUUCGCGCCUCUGUCUCGCGAGGAGAUACUUGACGAAGAACGCUGCUGUUUCUUAUUCACCAAAAGUACACAGAAAACAUGAGUGACUUUUACUUCUCGUCUUUUUGAUAGGAUUAUUCAAACACCUGAGGGAAACCGCGCUCGUCUCGUGCUGUUUGUUAUGGAUUUAUAGACUAGAAAAACGCUCGAGAGGGAAGAAAGAUCGUCUUCUCGUUGGCUUUUGCGAGAUUUUCUCGUCCAGAGCAGAUCUGUGUGAAGUAGUUUGUCUGGAGCGCUGAGAGGAUGGAGAGGAGGAGCGCGCUCAGAGGGAACUUUUCUCUCCAGGCAUCCAAACAAAGAGAGUCUCGACCGGAUUACCAAAGUACAGAAAAACUGCGCUCGAAGCAAAGUAUUGGCGAAAGUGUGCUGCUCCGCGAAGCGGGAAUAUGAUGGAGCGCGUGACAUCUACUUGCGCGUAAUGGACACAUAGCAUCAAGAGGAGGAUCUCAGCGUACAGGCUUGUAUUGCCGUAGCAAUGAUUGCAACAGGUGGGGUGAUAACGGGGCUCGCUGCAUUAAAAAGACAAGACUCCACCCGCUCUCAGUAUCACCUGCCAAACCAGAGCUCCACGCCUGCACCUGAGAAGAAGUGCACCAAGCGUAAACCCAGAGCUGAUGUGGUGGUGGUGAGAGGGAAGAUCAGACUGUAUUCUGCCUCUGGUUUCUUUCUGGUUUUGGGAGUGCUGAUCCUCCUGGCAGGCAUCGCCAUGGCUGUUCUAGGAUAUUGGCCUCAUAAGGAUCAGCAGAAGGCACCAGAAAGCAAGUUGUCCGUGAACGAUACGCAGGUUGGCCGAGAGCAGGUGGGCUCCAUCGCGCAGUUCUUGGAGCAGCACCUUCAUUCAGAGAAGAUGAAAAUGUUGGGUCCUUUCACAAUGGGAAUCGGGAUUUUUAUCUUCAUCUGUGCUAAUGCCAUUUUACACGAGAACAGGGAUCGCGAGACGAAGAUCAUCCACAUGAGGGACAUGUACUCGACGGUCAUAGACAUUCACAGCCUGCGGAUUAAGGAGCAGAAGUGUACGAACGGGGCCUACGUGGGUCCCUACGGGGAAACAGAGAUCCGUUCCUUUGGUCUGGACAGUCAGUUUGCCUCACGCCUCGCAGCAAACACGUUAAUGUCCUUCUCCGGUCUCGAUGGGGAUAUCCGAUUCUCCCACAGGACCAGCUCGGCUGAGGAUGACGAGGGUCUGAUGAGCGAGGCCAGAGGCGGAUUGGGCCUGCUGUCGCCUACCUACAGAGACCGCUCCGAAUGUAUCUUUGGGUUCCAGGAUGAGGGUGGUCGUCGGUGGGAGGACAAACGUGGAGCGCUCAAGAAAUGCCAAACGCGCUCCAUCGUUUCUUCUUCCAUCAGCGCAUUCACACUGCCCGUCAUCAAACUCAACAACUGUGUCAUCGACGAGCCUGACAUUGACAGCAUCACAGAGGACUUAGAGCCGAACAGGGUCCACUCCAGACCUCCGUCAAUGGAAUCGUUAACAGUCCCAGUUCCUGAUGUGACCAAAGCUUUCAAGCCUCCAGGUGGCCUCCUACUCCGGAGCAAUUCGGCCACUGAAUCCCCGAGCUCUGCAUCGUCCCAUUCCUCUCUGUCUCCCGGAUCCACCAGUGGUAGGUUCCUGUCCCCGGGAGCGGCGCGUAAAGACUUUGGAUCCAAUAACUCCCUCCACAUGCUGUCAGCUCACUCCAAAUCUCUGGAUUUAGAGAGAGGGCCCACAAUGCUGACUGUCCAGCCUGAACAGAGGAAGCAUCCGAGCUGGCCCAGAUUGGACCGCAGUAAUAGUAAAGGAUACACCAAACUGGAGAACAAAGAGGACCCUAUGGACAGGCUAAUAGUGCCCCCGAUGGCCGUGAAGAAGGACUACACUAAAAAGGAGAAACUUCUUAUGAUCUCCAGGUCUCACAAUAACUUGAGCUUCGAGCAUGAUGAGUUUAUGAGCAGCAGUCUGAAGAGAGGCACCUCAGAGACUCGAUUUUAAAACUGAGCUAGUCUCAAAUAUCAACCCAGUGGCUUUUGGCGUUCACGAUCCGCCUGCAAUACAGAAGACAGUCCUUGCCCUUUUUUAAAAAAUAAGGCCCUUGAAAGCUCAGUUAUGCUGCUUUUUAUGCUGCAGAAUGGGUAAAAAUUUAAUUUGAUCAAUUUGUCCCAUUGAACAUUUUCUGACAAUAAGUAACAUUGCACCUGCCUGUCAACUCUCAUUAGAGUAUUAGUGGACUGUCAGCUUAAUGUCUGAUAACUCUUUAUUGUGACAUUCUAUGGACUAUAAGUAACUUUGCAAGUUGUAGUCAACUUACUUAUAGCCGGAAUGUGUUAAAAGGACCAUUAAAGAAACACUCCACUAUUUUUAAAAAUAGGUUCAUUUUCCAACUCUCCUACAGGUAAACAGUUGAGUAUAACCGUUAUCGAAUCUUUUAAUCUUUGGGUCUAUCAUUGAAUCUGAUUAGACCAUUAGAAUCAUGUUCAAAAGAAUCAUGACCAAAGUUUUAAUAUUAUUCCUGUUUAAAACUUGAAUCUGCUGUAGUUGCAUUGUGUACUAAGACCGAAGGAUGCUAACGGUCUAAUCAGAUUCAAUGAUCUAUGCUAAGCUACAGCUAAAAGUGCUACCACUAGACCCAGAGAUCGGCUGAAUGGAUUUGUUAACGGUAAAACUUGACUGUUUACCUGUAGGGGAGGUGGAAAAUGAGCCUGUUUUCAAAAAUAGCGGAAUGCUCCUUUAAAGGAAAACUGCAGAAUGAUAUUUCACCAUGAAUUUGAAAUACAAAAGUGUGCCGUAAUGGUAAAUAAAGGUAUGGGUACAGCGAACAAUUUGGUAACUAACAGGUUAGUGAAAUUUGUUCAGAUGUAUUUGUAGUGUUUUUGUUACAUUCAGACAGGAUCUAUUGUCUGUUUGAGUACAGUAUGUGUGUUGUACCAGCACUGCUAGUUAUCUUACUAAAUAAUUUAUUAUUUAAAACACACACACACUGAUAUUUUUGAAGAGAACUUAUGUAUGUAUAAUUUAUCUGUUUCUCAGAAUAAACACAAUCUUUCCAGAUAACGCUGUCGUAUUUUGGGUUAAUUCCUCUUUAAUCAUAAUCAUAAUUUCCUGUACCAUUAACUGGGCUUAUUAUAACAGACUCAUAUUAAUGGGAUAGCUCACGCACAAAAAAUAAAAAUAAACAAAAGGGUGAAGUCUGAAAGUCCCUUUUGUGAUUCUCUGAAAAAAAUAGUGCAUAGGUUUGAAACGACAUUAAUGAGAGAAUCUUCUUUCUUGUUGUAUGACCUGUUCUGAAAAAAACUAAAGCAUAAAGUUUUCUGCAUCAACAGUGAACUAUAAAGAAGCACUUACGGCAUGUCUGAAAGAGGGAUUUAACACUAAAUAUACAUACUCCCAAUCAAAUGUAACUCAUUACUGCAACAAAUGAAAUAAAUGACCUUCUAAGCAUUUGGCAGCAAACGUUUACACAAUUUGAGGUACAAUUAAUUUGAUGAAACUGCAUGUCACUUAAAAGUCACGAGUGGUGUUAAGCUGUGUCUUUUUUAGUUUAACCUAUAUGUCAGUGCUGGUCAUCCCAACUCUAGAAGACCAAACAGCAGCCCCUGAAACAUAUAGCAGAUCAACAUCUUCUUCUCCGUUGUUUAUCAAUCAACUGUAAAAACAAGAACAAAUCAGUAUAAUGUUAUGAGCUCUAAAUUCCCUGC